UCAAACUCUCAGUGCUUGUGCAUAUAAUAUGCCUCAAAGUUUCCACUCUAAUCUUACGUCGGCGUGUCUCUUUAUGCAAAGUUGGUUCACAACUUUACUCCCCCCCUAAAAAUUCUACAUCACCUAUCACCGCAUUUCAUCAUCAUCCUCUUUGUGUAUUUGCUCCCCUUCUUCUCACUCACUUCACCCCCUCUAAAUCCUACUUCCCCCUCACAUCACCUCGGCCGCACCCAUCACCAAGAGUGAGAGUCCACUUAACCCUCUACGAACCAAACAUGGGACUAAGCAACAACAUAACAGCAAUACUAAACUUCAUAGCACUCCUAUGUUCAAUCCCAAUCAUUGCCUCGGGCCUAUGGCUCGCUUCCAAGCCCGACAACGAGUGUGUCCACCUCUUCCGGUGGCCCGUUGUCGUGCUCGGCUUCCUUAUCUUAGUCAUCUCACUAAUAGGCUUUGUAGGGGCUUAUUGGUACAAAGAAAGCCUCUUAGCUCUUUAUCUUUGUUGUAUGGCUAUCCUUAUCACUCUCCUCCUUGUCCUCCUCAUUUUCGCCUUCGUCGUAACCCGGCCCGAUGGCUCGUCUCAGGUCCCGGGCCGGGGGUACAAGGAGUACCGCCUAGAAGGGUUCUCUAAUUGGUUUAAGGACCAUGUUACUAAUAAUGAGAAUUGGUUUAAGAUUAGAAACUGCUUGAUUGAUACCAAUUUUUGUGCUAAGCUCAAUUCUCAAUUUGUGGGUGCUCCUGAUUUUUUUGUUGCUCAUAUCUCACCUCUUCAGUCAGGGUGCUGUAAACCACCAGACAUCUGUGGCUACCAAUAUGUGAACCCAACAAUAUGGACUAACCCUACAAACCCGGCAGCUGACCCGGAUUGCACAUUAUGGAGCUCCGACCAAAGCCAACUAUGCUACAAUUGUAACUCUUGUAAGGCAGGGCUUCUUGGAAACCUAAGGGAUGAAUGGAGGAAAGCCAAUAUCAUUCUCAUAAUCACUGUCAUCGUGCUCAUCUUUGUUUACGUGAUCGCUUGUAGUGCAUUCAGGAAUGCUCAAACUGAGGAUCUUUUUCGCAAGUAUAAGCAAGGUUGGGCUUAACCAGACUUGAAUCCAACAAAAUUUAAUUUCAUCUUUAAGCUAGGUAGUUUAAUUUGUUUCAUAGAAAUUAGUUUCAAUUUUGUAUAUGGAAUGCCACAAGUGUAUGUUCAAGUUUAUAAGUAAUUGAUAGAAUAGAGAACAAGUUGUAGUAAGCAUUAUUUUCAAAGAGAUUCUCAAUUUCUCAUAGUAAACUUAGCCUUUUCUUUUCUUUGUAAGGAUCAGAUUCCAAUCAAUUAAAAAAAAAUGGAAUUAAAUGUAAUUGUUUGAUUCCCAUAUCUUUAGUGGAUAGCUUUGUAUUA